AUGAAGGGUCCCAAUCACAAGUCAGCAAUCAACUCUACUGUCGGCCACGAUAGGCAAGGAGCCAUCGCUGCGCAGUCGAGCGUUGAACAUUCUCAGCCCACUCUCACCUACGAAGCAAGAACAAUGGAUUCGCGCACCAGCGGCAAGGCAUCCUCCAAGGAUGCCGCGUCCAUCGAUGACAAGAAGGAAGGCGUACAAGUGUCUAUGUACGAUCACCACCACGACGGUGCUCGCUCACACGACGAAGAAGGUAUUUUCCGUGCCCAGGCGGAGCAUCCCGAAAUUCAUAACAUCGAGGCAAUCCUCAAGAAUCCGCUCCGAGGCAUCCCUCGUGACACUCUGCUGGAGCAGGUCACCGUUUUCUGCAACGAGAACGAGCUUGGCCAGCACGUCGAGCUCUUCAAGAAGGCAGCAUUGGUAGCACAGACCCCCAAUGAUUUUGAAAUUAUCCCAGAGCUGAACGAGGAGGACCGCUACCACAUUCGACGCGAAAAAACGCACAAGUGGGCGAUCUCGAAGCAGCUCUGGAUGCUCGUCUUUGUCGUUUCGCUCGGCAGCGCCAUUCAAGGUUGGGACAACACUGGAGCGAAUGGAGCCAAUCUGUCGUUCCCGCAGGAGUUCGGCAUCGAGCACCAGGAAUGGCUGGUGGGAUUUAUCAAUUCGGCGCCAACUAUCGCCGGUCUCAUGUCAGCAUGGCUCAGCGAUCCUCUUAACAACUGGCUUGGUCGACGUUGGGUGAUCUUUAUCACCGCACUCUUCACUGUGUUCCCCGUUCUGGCCCAGGCCUUCACUCGAAACUGGUGGGAACUCGCCAUCUGCCGACUUUUGCUUGGUGUUGGAAUCGGCUGCAAGAUUACCACCAUUCCGAUCAUGACAGCCGAGUCGGUGCCCACCGCGAUCCGCGGUGGACUCGUCAUGUCGUUCCAGCUGUUCGUGGCGUUUGGCAUCUUCCUCGGAUUCUGCUCCAACAUGAUCUUCUACGGCAUUGGACGCAUCGCCUGGAGGGUGCAGCUGGCCGCGGCAUUCGUGCCGGCAGUACCGCUGCUGGUCCUCGUCUGGUUCAUCCCUGAAUCUCCUCGAUGGUUGCUCAAGAAACGCCGAUACGCCGCCUCAUUCCGAAGCUUCUGUCGGCUGCGCAACAGCAAUAUUCAAGCCGCACGGGACCUCUACUACGCCCACGCACAAAUUGAGAUCGAACGCCACGCAUUUGAAGGCCGGACAUAUUCGCGCCGCCUCCGGGAUCUCUUCAUCGUUCCCCGCCUACGGACUGCAACGUUGGGCUCUCUGAUCGUAAUGAUGGCGCAGCAACUGUCUGGCAUCAAUAUUAUAGCUUUCUAUUCCUCUUCGUUGUUCGUCAAUGCAGGCUACUCGACGAAGCAGGCGCUUUCGGCGUCAUUGGGGUUCGGGGCGGCUCCAAUGAUAGUCACCGGUCAACAGACCGCCCUUGCCGCCACUCUGCCUGCUGGUGUCCAGGCGAAUCCUCCCUCUCCUCGAAGCAACAUGGCUUCCACACCACAGCUCUUUGACGUUCUCAGCUUCUCCGCCAUUCAGGCAGCUUUUCCUUCGCCUCAUCCGGCGAUCGGAGCGGGUGCCAGGUCAAGCGGUUCGGGACAUGCUUCGUCCGAUCGAUCUGCAUCGUCUUCUCUUUCGGCUUCCGCAGCAACAUCUGCUUCGCAACAAGAGCAAUCAGGUCGGCGCCCCUCGCAGAAUUCGAGCGAAGCACCAGCCAAGAAGCAGCGCAAACGCAAGCGUAACUUCUCCAGCGCCGAUCGAGUCGUGCACAGCGUCAUCGAGAAACAACGUCGGGAGGCAUUCAAUGAAAAUCUGCAGGCCCUCGCUGAUCUCAUUCCAGAAUUGCAAGGUGUCCCGGCGUCACAGCUCUUCAAGACGGUGGUCGUCAAUGCAUCAGCAUCGUACCAUCAAAGGCAGUCCGGAUUCGUCAAGGGCGAGUUGUGCAAAGAUCGCAUCGCUCUCGAAGGUGGCUGUAGCGGCUGGGCUCGUUCCACAUCAACCGCACGCUCGUUGCCAUCAUUGGACACCGACAGCCAGGCUCUGCAAGUUGGAGACUCUGAAGCACGUCCUACUUCAGCAAGGAGUCUCGGACUCGACCAGAGCGAUCAUGCAGCAGCUCUGAUUCUGGAUCUGCCCGACACCUUGUUUGAUCACACUGCGCUGCAGGCGCCAGCAGCUGCUGCAGUCGGACCUGGUUUUGCUCAGGUGGCCCAAGAUGAGCAAGCGUUGGCUCUAGAUCGCAUCCUGCCCAAAGCAGGGCCAGAUGCGAUGUCAGCGUUCCUGCUACACGGCGAAGUCACAGAUCAAACGUCGGAAACUAUGCCGUUCCCCUGGGAGAGCUUUUCUCCGGACAACUUUUUCUAUCGACAGCUGCUUCAAGCACGCACCCGCAUGUAG